ACACACGAGACGUUCAGAACGUUUGUUACCAAAGAAGAGUUAGAGUUCUUCGACAUUGGAGGAAAUCCACAAGACCUGAUGAGCUACAUGGUGAAGAAUCCUGGACUAAUACCCGGCGUGGAUUCCCUAACUAAUGGCGAUAUACCAAGAAAGCGGAGGAUGCUCGCUGAGAUGAUGAAUGGAUGCUGGCUUUCAUGUCACUCGCGUUGCCCUCAAACAGGGAAAAAUUUCACCGCUGAUGCUAUCAUAGCGAAUCCUCCGUCUUUUGCCCACAUUCAUUGUGCCGAAGCAUUGGGUAUUCCCCUCUUAUUAUCGUUUACCAUGCCAUGGAGUGCGACAUCGGCCUUCCCUCAUCCUCUUGUCAAUGUCAAAGAUUCGAAUGCAAGACGAGGCCUGACAAAUUAUCUGACUUAUCCACUGGCAGAACUCCUGACUUGGCAAGGAAUGGGCGACAUCAUCAAUAAAUUGCGUACACGAACCCUCGGCUUAGCACCUCUGUCCGCGCGAUCGGGUCCGGCCGCUCUCGAUACUUGCAAGGUUCCCUGGACAUACUGUAUGAGCCCAGCUCUUGUACCGAAACCGAAGGAUUGGAAGAACCAUAUCGAUGUCGUAGGCUUCUAUUUUUUGGACUUGGCCACGAAUUAUACGCCGCCAGAUGACCUUGCUGCAUUCCUGGCGUCCGGUGAUGCACCAAUAUACAUAGGAUUCGGUUCAGUCGUAGUAGACGAUCCCGUUGCAAUGACAAGUACUAUAUUUGAAGCAACGAAGCAAGCUGGCGUCCGAGCUCUUGUAUCCGCUGGAUGGGUGCAUCCGAUUCCUAUUUUCAACCUGUGUCAUGCGCUUACGCUUGGUGAUUUUCAGGGAGGGCUCGGAGGCGUCUCCAUUCCGUCACAUAUCUUCAUUCUUGGAAAUAUACCUCAUGACUGGCUUUUUUCAAACGGACGUGUUGCAGCAGUUGUUCAUCAUGGUGGUGCAGGAACUACUGCGGCUGGACUAUCUAAGGGACUUCCAACUGUUGUUGUUCCGUUCUUCGGUGACCAAGGAUUUUGGGGUAAUAUGAUUCAUAAGGCCGGGGCUGGACCUGCACCGAUUCCUCCAAAGAGUCUUACGGUAGAUAGCCUAAAGGAUGCCAUCGGUUUUCUUGUCAGCCCCGCUGCAAAGAAUACUAUCUGA